AUGAUUCAACAGUGCCUAGUGACUACCCAGAGUAUGAAGAAGAGUUAUGUUGAUAGGCGUGUUCGUGAGGUGUCAUUUCCUAUUGGUGAGCGAGUGUUGCUUAAGGUGUCGCCCACUAAGGAUGUGAUGAGAUUUGGGAUGAAAAGAAAGCACAUUUCGAGGUUUAUUGUCAUUUUUGAGGUGUUAGAAAAGUAUGGAGAGGUGGAUUAUAAGUUGACCUUAUCCAUAAACCUUUUAGUUGUUCCUCUUGUGUUUCAUGUAUCGAUGCUUAAGCGGUACCAUCACGAUGACUCUCAUGUGAUUCAAUGGGACUCAAUUUCUUUUGAUCAGGAUUUGUCUUUUGAGGAGGAGCCUAUUGCUAUCUUGGAUAGAUAG